CGUCACUGCUGCCUCCACAACUGAGUCGUGCGGGCCAACCCCGGAUUGCCACGAAAGGGAAAGGGUGCCACCUUUGUGCACCCUGAAUGUAUGCAGAGCUCCCUCGAGACGGGGCGACUGACGGGGCAAAGCGCUCCAAAGAGGGGUCGAGCUUUGCAAAUUGUUUUGAAUUCGAGCAUGCAGAUAGGCUAGGCCUUGGCGGAAGAAACCCCGAGCGGAUGUGUGCCUGGCUGUAACUAUAACUAGCCGUCGUCUACCCCGGAGGCUGGAUGCUGGCUUUGCUGCUGCUGCUUCCAACUCGGUUUGUGAUUUACAUAACCCGCCGUUGACCAGCCGCAUCCUGGUCUUCUCUGCUUCUUUUUCUUCCAGAUACUCUCCUCCCCGUCCUCCUCCCCACGGAGCCCCUCAGACUAUCACGUACAUACAAACCUUCACGAUGGCUCCUGCACGCAACGAAGACCAACCCGACCCGUCCGCCUCGUCGACAGCACCCGCCCUGCGAGCCGCCCAACUCGAGGCUGUCGCCGCCGCGAAGUCGUCCGCAGCAGCCGCCAGCGACUCGGUGCUGACCGCCAAAGACCGCGCCGAGAUCGCCUUUACGGACAAGUACUCGUCGCCGGACGUGUACGUCGACGCCAAGAAGGACACGCUGUGGCACCCGUGGGUCGGCACGCUGGAGCUGCGGCCGCUGCGGUUCGAGACGCGCUCGGGCACGUUUGUGAUUGGGCUGCGGACGCCGGUGGACGCCUGGCUGGGGAAGCACCGGCACCGGGGCACGGUGACGGCGGUGACGGCUGCGGGUCACUGGGGGUAUAAGGAGUACGACUGGAUCGCCGGACCGGGCGACUACGUGGUCGAGAACCCGGGCACGAUCCACACGCUGUUCAUGGGGGCCGGGUCGGAGGUGGUGUUCACGGUGACGGGGAGCCUCGAGUUCUUCAACGACGACGACAGCCUGCGGGAGACGAUGGACGUGUUUAGCUUUGCCAAGAUGUACCACGACCACUGCACCGAGCUGGGCGUGGAACCGAAUCAGAAGCUGUGGUACUGAAGAGAGGGGGGGCGCUAUACCCUGGCGUGGAGAAUAUUCUAAAAAUCAUGUUCUUGUUCAAAAGACUUGGAGAGGACGCGAGACUGUGCAAUGUGUGUGUUCUUGGAGGUGCGGGAGAGAGCGAGCCGUGAAUGCAGCUCCAGCCCGUCUCUGCCAUCCACGGCCGUGCAGGAGCAAGAGAGAGCCAC